AUGCAAGAAGAAGAAGAAUGUGAUGAAGAUAACGGGUGCGCGCGGGUACAAAUCUCCGAACGACGAGGUGCGGAUGCUAGUGUGUACGCGGACGUGCUGCCUAACGAGCGCCUGCUCCGACUGCUCAAGGAGGUCAGUACGCUGAGUGCUGCGGUACGCAAACGGCGCGGAAUCAUGGAACGAGAAGAGUACGUCUUGAUAAUGCGCAGCACCAACCCCGAGCAGUACGAGUUGCUGCGCGAGAUUCUGCACCGUCAGACCACGCAGGGGCAGCCUCCACUGCGGGUCUUCUUCACGGGACCCACGGGUUGUGGCAAAACCUUCGUGCUCAAGCUCGCCAUGGACGUGUAUAACCGCUGUGCGGACUGCUGCGGUGCCGUUGGCUGGGAAGAGGGCUGCUCCUCAUCCGUCCCUUCCGUCUACAACGCGUACGUGGUCUGCGCCAGUACGGGAAAGGCCGCCGUUGCUGUGGUUGGAACCACCGUCCACAGUGCCUUCAAACUCGUGCGCGCUGCCCGUGGAAACCGACAGGACGUCCGCCUCGGAGUCUGGGGGGACGGUGGACUCCGACCUAGUGACCUGAACACCUUCCGGUGUGCCUUCCGCAGAGUCAAGUGCGUCAUCAUAGACGAAGUCAGUAUGAUGUCUGCCGACCAACUCAAACUGGUUGAUUGCCGUGUGCGCCAGAUCAAGCAGCGACUCACCGAACCCUUCGGUGGACUGGAAAUCAUCCUCUGCGGGAACCCACGGCAGUUGCCGCCCGUGUGUGCCAGCGAGAUCUUCAAGCGGCCCCGCAGUGCUGAUGGUCUCCUCGGAUUCAGCACUGUCACCUGGCAUCAUCUCGAAUACUUCCCGCUCGUGAGAGUUGUGCGACAGUUAGACGUCACCUUCUCCUUGGUCCUCACCAAGAUCGGGGACGGCCGCGCGCUCGAGCCCGAAGAAGUAAAGCUUCUCGAAACCAGGUUCGUUACGGUCGAGGAAGCCGCCGAGCGCGCGCCCUCGGCCGUGCGCAUCUUCUACUCGAACGCCGAUGUCACGCGUUUCAACGAGACCGUGGCCCGUUCGCAGGACGACUUCGUGGUGCUUCGCGCGCGUGAUCGGUACCUCGGCUGCAAGACGCCGCAUCUGCUCGAGAAUGCCAAGCGCAGGGUUGCCCGCAAGGUUCCCAGCGAGUUUGCAAAUCUGCCCGUGGAAGUCAUGGCCGUGGUUGGCAAGCCCUACCUGAUGACUCAUAACAUCGAUCUCGUGGAUGGUCUGGUCAACGGUGCGGUUGGAGUCUUGCACCUGUGUGAGCCCACCGGCCCGUUGCCCGAUGAUGGAGAUGGAGUGGAUGAAGAAGGAGAAGGAGACGGGAAUGAAGAGACGCGCUUGAGGCGACUGUUUCUCGAGUUCGAUGUGCCCGGUACCAGAAAGCUCACACGUGCGCGUGCCGCUCAGGCCGUUCACGAGGCCCGUUCCAACGGCUACGACGGUAAUCAUUCGCUACCCCGACCUUAG